AUGUCGAACAACCAAGAACCCAGCCACGAUGAGAGUCUCAGCAACCUUCCUGCUGGUGCGACAGAUGUCAGCUUGGGAGAGGGCCAAAAAGGCCUUCUCGCACCUCUCGGCGAUCCUCUAGGCAAUGCCCUGAACAAAGGACUCUCUCCCGUCGGCACAGCUAUCGGUGGUCUCACAAAUGGAGGAUACACCAAGAGCAAAGAGAUGGACAAGCCUCAAGAAGAAGAGAAGAUUGGUGGAAAGGAGCAGAAUGGACAGAACCCUCUGGGACUGUAG